CCGUUUCCGGUCAGGGUUUCAUAGCGAGAGACAUAACAUUCCGGAACACCGCGGGCCCACAAAACCGCCAAGCAGUGGCUCUCCGGGUUGACUCCGACCGCUCCGCGUUCUUUCGAUGCAGCAUCGAAGGAUUUCAGGACACGCUAUACGCGCAUUCCCUGCGACAAUUCUACCGCGAAUGCCACAUCCACGGGACCAUCGACUUCAUCUUCGGCAACGGCCAGGCAGUCUUCCAGAACUGCAAGAUCUUCACGAGAAAGCCGCUGCCUUUCCAAAAGGCCACCAUUACGGCGCAAGGAAGAAAGGAUCGCAGCCAGAAUACAGGCUUCUCGAUUCAUAAUAGCUUCGUGUACGCCACCGUGCCGACGUAUUUGGGUCGGCCAUGGAAGGCUUUCUCUAGAACGGUGUUCAUGCAAUCGUAUUUGGGCUCGGGCGUUCAGCCGGCGGGUUGGCUGGAGUGGGCUGGAGAUUUUGCGUUGGAUACGUUGUUCUAUGGGGAGUAUAUGAAUUAUGGGCCGGGUGCGGGUCUGGGAGGGAGGGUUCGGUGGGGGGGAUAUCAUGUGAUUAGAGAUGCGGCGGUGGCGCGGUACUUUACUGUGCGGCGGUUUAUUGACGGCGCGAGGUGGUUGCCGAGAGCGAAUGUGCCGUUCACGGCGGAUUUGAGGAAGUAGGUUAUUUUCAGGUGCGCGGUUGUUCGGUUUAGGUGAUGGAUAGCAUAUGAUUAUUUUGUAAUUGUAACAUGGAUUAUACGCCAAAAAUGUUUAUUUUCAUUUAUUUUUUGGAAGAA